GCCGAGCGAUUGAUCGCUGUAAUCGAUCGGUCCUCAUCGCCUCGCGUCCAAUCCGUUGUUGCGUUGCCUUUCGUUGUCGCAUGAGUAAUUCAGCAACGGCGGUGGCCGGUAAGGGAUUUCAGUAUAGGUAGUUUCAGUUCAGGUUCGUAAUGAGGGGAUUCCCGUCCGCCUGUCUCGGACGGCCGUUUUAUUUAUUGUCGCCGUAUCGUUUCCAUUACGGACGGAUCAGACGGAAAGGGAGCGGUUUCGUGCUGGGACAAACCAAGUUGAUAAGAGUAUGUUGAAAAAAUGCGAGUUUGGAAGCGGUUGACGGCUCUCUGCUCAGUUUGCAGUCGACGAUCGUGGAGAAAACAGCCGACUUCGUUACGAUGGGUGAUUUUCUCGGUAGAACCCUGGUAGGGUGCGCGUUGUUUAUAGUUUUUGCGGGGGUGCAGUUCGGGAAUUGUGAUCGUGAUCCAUCUUCUUUUCACUUUCCGGACGUAGCCCAACUGGAGUUGAGCGAUGUCUUGAACAAAAACUGCGGCAAUACUCCAUACGGCGAGGAUCGGGAUCGUCCGUUGGAGGGUCGCCUCCAGGAAUCGCCUUGGCUGGUGCUGUUUUACUUUCCAGAAGAGCAGGUGAACUUCUGCCAUGGCACAUUGAUCACGACGAAGCACGUCCUGACGACAGCCGUUUGUGCCAGCAAUAUAGUACCAGACGAAACUUUUAUUAGUUUGGGCGAGUACGAUACUGAGAAGGAUCAGGACUGCGAGCAGAUAAAGUGCUCGGAUCCGGUACAACGGCGAAUUCCCAGCAAAGUCAUUCGACAUGAGCAGUUCGAUCCGGAAACCUUUGAGAACGAUCUGGCAAUGGUGGUGUUGGAUCAGGACGCACUACUGAGCGAUUCGGUCAAGCCCAUCUGUCUGCCACUGAUCAAGUUCGAGAUCGGCAACGUAAACCUGCCGAACGUGUACAACGCUCUGUGGACGAGCAAGUCGAGACCUCAACAGUACUGGAUGCGUUACGUUGAGCUUGGAAGGUGCCGAGAGUUGGUACAAAAUCGCAUAGCCCUGGCCGAGGGCCAAAUAUGUGCCAGCAGCUAUCGGAACGAAACCAUCGAGAUGAUUGGCGGAGCAGGAUCGGCCUUGGAGGUCGAAUAUCACAACCGAAUCUACCAGGUGGCAAUGCUAUCGAUUGGGAUUUUGGACGCGGAACCGGGAACGCCUUUUGUGUACGUCGAUAUUCCCAAGUAUGUCAAGUGGAUUCACGACAUGGUGAAAAAUAAUUGAGAGAGGGGAUUUUAUGUGACAUUUUAUGAUGCUUGUUGAUUUUUAUUAGACAGUUUGACAAAA